AUGGCGCAGUCUAAGCUGCCAGAGGGCAUCUUCUCCUUCCUCGAUACUGAUCUGUACAAGCUGACAAUGCAGUGUGCGGUCUUGAAAUAUUUUCCUUCCGUGGAUGUCGAAUACAAGUUCACAAAUCGUACUCCGCAUAUGAGAUUGAACAAGAAAGCCUUCUCCUGGUUGGAAGAACAGAUCACCAAAUUGGCAAACAUCACCCUAUCGCAGCAAGAGUUGGAGUUUCUGAGAAAACACUGCCAGUUCUUGAGUCCGGAUCAUCUAGUCUACUUGCAGGCCUUCCGUUUGCGGCCUGCGGAGCAGGUGAAUCUGAAAUUUAGCCCCGUCGAUGAUACAUAUGGGGAUCUAGACAUCACGAUAAGCGGUCUUUGGGUUGAGACCAUUCUCUAUGAAAUUCCCAUACUCGCCUUGACGAGCGAAGCAUAUUUUAAGUUUGUUGAUCAAGAUUGGGAUUAUCAAGGACAGGAAGAAAACGCCUACGAGAAGGGUAUCCGACUAUUCACAGCAGGCUGCUUGGUGUCAGAAUUUGGCUCACGGAGAAGGAGGGAUUUCCAUACCCAGGACCUCGUGAUUAAAGGUCUGGUUCGAGCGUCUCGGGAAAAUAAUCUGCCUGGAAAGUUGACGGGUACAAGCAACGUGUAUUUUGCAAUGAAGCACGGCAUACCUCCUGUCGGCACCGUUGCCCACGAAUGGUAUAUGGGAAUUGCUGCGCUGACCAAUGACUAUGAACACGCCAAUGAGAACGGACUGCGUUAUUGGCUCGACUGUUUCGGCAAAGGAGUAUUGGGUAUUGCUUUGACCGACACAUUCGGAACAAACGAUUUCUUCAAAGCAUUCAAAAUUAGAAUACCCGCAAGAACAUCGGCGUCACAAGACGCGACUGCGGGAUACUCGGAUGAAAGUAAUCCAUCGCACGAGCAGUCUUCGUAUGCUGCAGUCUUUGCUGGCAUCAGACAAGACUCCGGCGACCCGAAGGAGUACAUCAAGCUUGCCAGCGACUUCUACAGGUCUAUAUGUGUGAGCGGUAAGAGCAUUGUGUUUUCAGACUCGCUCAAUGUCGAGAAAUGCCUAGAGUACAAGGGACUAGCGGAAGCGCACGGCUUCAAGCCUUCCUUUGGGGUGGGGACCUUCUUCACCAACGACUUCAAGCUCAAAUCAGAUGGUCGGACCAAGUCCAAACCACUCAAUAUUGUCAUCAAGUUGUCCAAAGCAGGGGGAAGGCCGGCAGUGAAAAUAUCGGACAAUAUUGGUAAGAAUACAGGAGACCCGGACACAGUACAAGACGUCAAGCGACGGCUUGGUUACACAGAGAGGCCGUGGAGCGAGGGUGAUGAAGCCAAAAGAUGGUAA